CUUCAUGGCCCCAGAUACAUGGAUGACGAAGUCAACAAACCAAUGCCAAACAAAGGAGACCAUGGAUUAGCUCCCGGAAAUGAGAAGUUCAAACCUGUGGUACCCUGGCCUCAUGUUGAAGGUGUGGAAGUGGACUUGGAAUCUAUUCGAAGAAAAAAUAAGGCCAAAAAUGAACUAGAACAUCAUGGUGGUGAACAGCAGAACAUCAUGCAGAGGCAGUAUCUCACAUUUAAGCCUCAGACACUUGUAUACCGUGAUCCUGUAUUACGACCUGGAGUCCUUGGUAAUUUUGAACCCAAAGAACCUGAACCUCAUGGCGUUGCUGGUGGCCCUGGAGAGGAAGCGAAGGCAUUUGUUUUAGGACCAGACUACAAAGAAACUGUUCAAGCCAGCAUUAAAGAGUUUGGGUUUAAUAUGGUGGCAAGUGAUAUGAUCUCGCUAGAUCGGAGCGUUAAUGACUUACGUCAAGAAGAAUGCAAAUAUUGGCAUUAUGAUGAGAACCUACUCACGUCCAGUGUUAUCAUUGUCUUCCAUAAUGAAGGAUGGUCCACACUCAUGAGAACAGUACACAGCAUAAUUAAAAGAACACCAAGGAAGUAUUUGGCAGAAAUUGUACUCAUUGAUGAUUUCAGUAACAAAGCACACUUAAAAGAAAGACUAGAGGAGUAUAUUAAGCAGUGGAAUGGCCUUGUAAAGGUAUUUCGAAAUGAGAGGAGAGAAGGUUUAAUUCAAGCUAGAAGCAUUGGAGCCCAGAAGGCUAAACUUGGACAGGUUUUGAUUUACCUUGAUGCCCAUUGUGAGGUGGGAGUUAAUUGGUAUGCACCACUUGUAGCUCCUAUAUCUAAGGACAGAACUACAUGUACUGUGCCCCUAAUAGAUUAUAUAGAUGGGAAUGAUUAUUCCAUUGAGCCACAGCAAGGUGGGGAUGAAGAUGGUUUUGCCAGAGGGGCCUGGGACUGGAGUUUGCUGUGGAAACGUAUUCCAUUAAGCCACAAGGAAAAGGCCAAAAGAAAACAUAAAACUGAGCCUUAUCGGUCUCCUGCAAUGGCUGGUGGAUUGUUUGCCAUUGAACGUGAUUUCUUUUUUGAACUGGGUCUCUAUGAUCCAGGUCUUCAAAUAUGGGGCGGUGAAAACUUUGAAAUCUCUUACAAGAUCUGGCAAUGUGGAGGAAAGUUGUUGUUUGUUCCUUGUUCUCGUGUUGGACACAUCUAUCGUCUCCAGGGUUGGCAAGGAAAUCCACCGCCAGUCUAUGUUGGAUCUUCUCCUACAUUAAAGAACUACAUCAGAGUCGUGGAAGUGUGGUGGGAUGAAUACAAAGAUUAUUUUUAUGCCAGUCGUCCAGAGACCCAAGCACUACCAUAUGGAGAUAUUUCUGAGCUUAAAAAGUUCCGGGAAGAUCACAACUGCAAAAGCUUUAAAUGGUUCAUGGAAGAAAUAGCCUAUGAUAUAAUUUCAUUUUAUCCUUUACCACCUAAAAAUUUGGAGUGGGGAGAGGUCAGGGGCUUUGAGACAGCUUACUGCAUAGAUAGUAUGGGGCACAACAAUGGUGGCAUUGUUGAACUCGGACCAUGCCACAGAAUGGGAGGAAAUCAGCUUUUCCGAAUCAAUGAAGCUAAUCAGCUCAUGCAAUAUGACCAGUGCUUGACUAAGGGAGCUGAUGGAUCAAAAGUUACGCUUAUGCAUUGUAAUCUGAAUGAAUACAAAGAAUGGCAAUACUUCAAGAAUCUGCACAGAUUUACUCAUAUUCCUUCGGGGAAAUGCUUAGAUCGUUCAGAGGUCCUACAUCAGGUCUUUAUCUCUGAGUGUGACUCCAGUAAAGCAACACAAAAAUGGGAAAUGAACAACAUUCUUAGUGUGUAGACAAAAAACCCCUACCUACUGACAUGUUAAUAUGUACAGGACUGAGAAUAGCCUGAAAACUGCUGCAACUAUUAACUUUGUACAGCUGCAAGCCUGGAACCUCUCAACUUGGAUGAAGGACAUAGAUGAACUGUGAUUAUUACAAUAACAUUAUCAUCUGCAGUUAAUGUUUACAAAACUGCUUUUACCUUAAACUUUGUAGAUGUUUACAUCUUUUUGUUUUCAGAUGUUGGUAAUAUAAUGUGCUUUUAGCUGUGUUGCAUAGGAACAAAGUUAAAAGCACUGUUGUCUUCUUUGGGAUUACACUCAGGGGUCUGAAGGCAGUUUUUUUACACACACUUGAAAGGUUGGAGUAACCAGACUUAUUCAUAUAACUUGGUGAUUAUCAACCUGUUGUAUCUUUUUAUUUAAUUUUACAUCUUACCUAGCACUGCCACAGGUUAUUAGCCAGGGUGGCCUUCUUUCACACUCAUGCUGCUUUUUUGAAAGGUGAAUUUCAACAUAUUUAGUGCCUCUUUCAUUUCUCUAUAUAUUUUACAAGUCAAAUAUUUGACAGAAUUUAUAGUAUGGAUAUGUUGAGCUGUCACCUUGAUAGGGAUCAUUUGUACUGCCCAUGAAAUUACUAUAUUACUGAAGGUAAAUUUGGGUAGCCACUUUGACUGCUGUCCUCCUCAGAUAUUGACGAGUCAAAUAAGGCACAGACCAGAAAUAUUCUCUGGGUUUCCAAAAGUACUGCAAUAUGCCCAUUUGCUGCAGGUGCUAUAACCAUUGGAAUUUUAAGGAAGUUAAACCAGGGAUGCUGAGUAGCACUAAGUUCCAUACACCUGGUAUGUUAAAUAGUGUUGAAGAAACUGAACUUUAACUAUAUAUAUAUAUAUAUAUAUAUAUAUUGCAAAGGAAAACUGAACCUGAAAGUUAGCACUGUGUUGAUACAUUUGAUGAAAGUAAGCACUCUGAAUUACAGCUAAGAACUCCAAGCACUAACUGUUCUUUCAUGCCUUAUAUGAAAAAGCUAAAGCUGCACAAUGUAUAAAACUAGGACUUAUCCAAUGUUUCACUUACAUUAUAACUGUAAAUGGAAUUUACUUGCAUAUGAGCUGAAACUUUAAAAUUAAAAAAAAUCAUUAACAUAUAUGUGCAGACUUUGAAAUUAUAGAUUCAGAAUUAAACUUGAAAAGAGGAUACGAAAACCUGAAGCUGUAUCUGUUCAAAUUAAGUGCUCUUUUUUUCAAUGAAUGUAGUUAUGAACUCCUGUAGAGGUACAACCCCAAAUUAAAACAUAGUUACCUAAUUGUUUAAUUACAAUGCAACUGCAGUUGUGUGCAAACUAGAAUGUGUACAAAUUAGCUUCUUAAUUGGGAAUUUCUAUUAGGCCCAUUCCCUUGAAAAUAGAAAUAUUUACACUGAAUAAUGUAAAUUAUGCAAUAUCUAGUCCUCUUCUUUUCCCAGUUUAAGGUUCUGUGAUAGUGAGGUAUUGAUGACAUCACAAAGUCAUAGUUAAGUAUACAACAUAUGACUUGGAGGUUUGAAAGUAUUUGUUUCAAGGACCAAAUUCUGCCCUCAGAUCUAGACUACCAUUGGAUGGAAUUUCCACUGAAGUUAAUGAAUGGUGUUGUAAGUAGAAGCAGAGUUUAAGCUUUACUGGCCUGCCUGUCUGCACAUAUAUAUAAAUGAUUUAAGAUAUUCUCCGGUGUCCUUAAACUGUUCAGCUAUCCUUCAAAAGGUGUGAAAAAGAAAAUAAAGGAUGGAAAACUGGAAAAAGGAAAAUAAGGGUGUAGGUACUUUUUGUUUUUGUGUGUAUGAAAACUGACUCCAUUUUUUUGUGUUGGGUAGAUUAAUUUAAUCAUGUUACUAUGCAUAAGUGAAAGAAAGGUGGCACAUAAAUUGUGCAGGUGUGCAUUUUAAAUGGGUGUUUUGUGCAAUUCAUUAAAAACUGAUGCUGUAUGUGAAUAUGAAUCUGUAUGUGAGACUGCAAACCUUACAAAACAUGAGAACAUCAGAAGCUGUUGCUGUAAUGACUUUUUCCUACUGUAGCCUGCUUGGGGAAAAAAAAUUCCCAUUUCCUUGCUUUGUAAGUUGAUGAUAAUAUCACUAUGCAUUUCUACACAUUUUAUAAAUUUGAUUUAUGCAGAUUUUGAUACACUGUAUGUUUCUGUAGAAAUUGUAUAAAUCCUCAAAAGUUUUAUUAGGGAUAAAUCUGGGAAUCCUAUGUACAUCUUAAUUCUGGGUUGCUUGUUUUUUAGGUGAGGAAAAUAAAAUAAAAUAUUUUAACUUGUGGGUUUUACCAUA